GGAGGGGAGGGGCACCGACAGCGGCUGGUCACGUGGGCAAACAGCGAAUGAGGGCCUGGCCCGCCGGCCUCUGGGGCGGGGCCCACUUUGCUGCCCGCCCCCAACUGCUGUGCGAUUGCGGUCUUUGCCGAAAGAACUACGAACUAGAUUGGAAGUUUGGAUGAUGGAGCCUAUUCUUUAUGGCUUACAGUCGCAUUUCUCCUAUUAUCUCCCGACCCAAAAAUCACUUUUGAUCCCCUGAGAAAGAAAUGAACCUUGCGAUUCAUUUUUUAAAUGACAUCAUAGGCCUAGCCUGGUAAAUAGUGGCGAAGGAUGUACUUAGUCCUCAGUCCUGAGUGAACUUCAUUAGCAUUUCUUUUCCUAGGUUUUACAAUUCUUUAACGAACAGAGGUUAGUCAUAACUUCUCUCUUGAAGGGAAAUCAACCUUUCGUAGUUUAUUCGGUGACAAAUUUCCCAUCCCCCUUCUUAAGGUUCGGGCUGCAUCAUUUUUUAAGGAUUUUAAAACUUAUGUAGACCAGGCAUGUAAAGCUGCUGAGGAAUUUAUCAAUAUUUAUUAUGAGACAAUGGACAAAAGAAGAAGGGCACUUAUCAGGCUGUAUCUGAAUGAGGCCACAUUAGUGUGGAAUGGAAAUGUUGUUACAGGGCUGGAUGCCCUAAAUAAAUUUUUUGAGAUGUUGCCUUCUAGUGAGUUCCAGAUUAAUAUGUUAGAUUGCCAACCAGUUCAUGAGCAAGCUACCCAAUCCCAGGCUACAGUUCUUGUGGUAACCAGUGGAAUUGUGAAAUUUGAUGGAAAUAAACAACACUACUUCAACCAGAACUUCCUGCUGACUGCUCAAGCCACUCCUAACAGCACUGUGUGGAAGAUUGCAAGUGAUUGCUUCCGUUUUCAAGAUUGGGCUAAUAGUUAAAAGGACAAAAGUCAACGUUUUGGUCUUUUAGGUCCAGCAACAGAAGUUUAUCUGAAUUAAUUAAUUUUGUUAUAAAAGCACUAUAAAUUAGUUUGUGCUGAAACUAAAAUUCUUCAAUAUUUUCUUGUUCCUAGGAGCACCUUUUCUAGUAACUGCCAGUUUGGAUUGUCUGCACUAGAGCUUUAAUGCUAGUUUUUGACAUGCCUUAUGUACAUUCCACUGAUAACAUUCUUAAAGUAAUAUUAAACAUAUGAUUUCAGUACUAACAUACUCACUGUGAACCUAGCCUAUUACAAAAAUCCUUUUGUAAUACUAUCUAUGGGAUGUCAGCACAACGCACACCCUGGGAGGAAGUAGAAUUUUUUUGGUUAUUAAUUUUGUGGCAAAACACAUGCCUAUUUUCAGUUAACACAUGUAAUGCAGUUUUAAUAUGUAAGUAUAGCCUGUUCAAAUCAGUUCAGUUUACAUUUGCCUAACUACUCCAACAUAUUGAAAUUAUGUGUUGAAGUUUUUCAUACUAAGUUUUCUUAUAUUGACAUGUUUCCUUAACAAGUGCAUUGACUAGAGGUGAAAAUUGUUUUUCUUUGAUACCUGAUUCUUAAGUACAUUUGGUGGCUUAAAAGCAGAACUUAAAAACAUUUUUCUUGUUAGCUCCAGGUCUGUAUAUUUAGGAAAUGUAUGAUAGAACUAAUAAUAUAUUUAAUGAGAAAUGUGAAAAUCCAAGGUUGAAGACAAAAAUAAGGGGGGGUAACUAAAUGUAAAAUUUUGGUAUUUGUUUUCUACCUUCUUAAUGUGUAGCCUAUUUUUAGGAUUUCAGUUGAUCAGUCAGUAAGCAUUAUUGCUGAAUGGUCAAGAGCAUCACUUUUGUUCUGAGAAUUUUUUAAGGUCUUUGCACUUCAUUCUUGUCAUCAGUAUAUCUCCAUUUAUUCCAGAACUUAUAGUGGUAAAAUGUCAGCAAUAAGCCUGACCUGACAAUGUAUAACAAGGAAAGUUGAAACAAAGCCAUUCCUCUAUCUUUAUUACACCCUUAACUUAUAAGUCUUCCAUGUGAAUUUCAGGCCCAGAGACUUCUAUGUAUUGCCCACCCCAAAAUGAGUGAUUUCCCCCCCGUCUUUUGUACUGUCAAUUAUAUCAUUUAUUAUUUAAAACUAAAAUUAAUUUUAUGACAUUGGGCAAAGAGAUCUAUUUUAAAACACUUUUCUGUUAUGUAACUAACUCAUCGUCUUUUUAAAGAGAAAACAGAGAACAACAGAUCAUCCUAACCUCCAAAAGAACAAAAUCAUUUUAUGUCUAUACUUCUGAAGUAAAAAAACCUAGCUUUGAUUUUUGGAUAAAACUUAUUGGUCUUUACAAUUUUUUAAUAUCUUUAAGCUAGAUAUACCAUCUUCAUUUAUACAUUACAACCAAAAUUAGUAUCUUUAUUACAUUCAUUUGGUCUUGCCCAAAAUUAUACAUUAUAUUUCUGAUAUAUUACCAAAAUAGAAUUAAAUAGAAAGGAGUAAAACUGAUAUUUAAACCACACCUUACUGAUCAAAACUUACACAUUAUAAUAUUCUACUCAAAUGUGAGAGGAUUCUUACUUUAGAUUGUUUUGUUUUUUAAGCCACAGCUUUAGCAAGCAAAAAUGUCCAAACCCUGCCCUUUCCAUUGUGGCGAACUGUCUCAAAUAAAAGCUGUGUAUAACGAGCAAUAACUGAAUAGCUGUAAAUUACUUUAUCUAAACUAUAAGUUUGAAAUGGCUGGAACUGCUCUCAUAUGGAAUAGACUGUAUUUUUGAAUGCUUAUAUUUUUAUAUCUUGAAAAAUAAAUUUUGCC